AAUUGCCGAAACCAAUUACAUGUAAAAGUCCAGGAAAAUAUCUCCGAAAAUCACACGAUUGAUGCUGGCAGUCCCUAAUAUAAAUAGUACCACCCCACCGUCCACGAGUCACUUCCACCUUCGCAACCUAACCUCACACCAAGCGGACCUCCUCUCUCUCCCGAUCCACGCAACCUCCGAAUCCCACCGUAAACCUAAUCCUAAUGGCCACCACCGAUACCCAGAAACCCACCGACACCACCCCCGCCGUCGAAAACCCCACCAAAGCCGCAGACCCCCCUGCCGCCGCAGAUCUACCCGUCGACCCUCCCACCGAGACUCCCGCCGCUACUGCCCCUCCCUCCGCCGUCGACUCAGCUGAGAACGGGUCCAAGGCCGACUCCGAGGAUCCGAAGACCGCUCCGGCCGCUGAGGAUGGCUCUGCUCCGGCCUCUGCUACUGAGAAGAAGAUGCGCCGCGCCGAGAGGUUUGGUAUAUCUGUGCAGCUCACCGAAGAAGAGAAGCGCAAUUCCCGAGCUGAAAGAUUUGGUACUGUUUCUACAUCGCCUGCAUCAGAUGGAUCCAAAAAGUCAGAGGACCUGAAGAGGAAGGCUAGAGCUGAGAGGUUUGGGAUUGCUGCUCCACCUGUGGCAAGUGAUGAGGAUGCAAGGAAGAAAGCUCGACUGGCCCGAUUUGCCCCUGGUUCUAAGACUGCUCCUAAACCUGACCCUCAGGAAGAAGAAAAAAGGAAGGCAAGAUCACUUAGGUUUUCAAAUGGUGCUGGAGCUUCUCUCUCUCAAAUGAAUGACAAGGGAAAUAUUGAGCCGAAGGCAACUAUUGCAGGUGGUGCUGUUGGAAAGGCAUGAAAGGAAGCUUCCUUUCUUUUUAGUUAGUAGAUUUGUCUUUGUUUAGGGUUCUGACAUUAUGUGAUUCCCUUGAGGCUUCCUUCCUGUACCUACUUCUGAUUGCAUGGGUUAUCAGGUGAUGCAUUUUCCAUCUAGAUAGAUAUCUUCUACAAGUCGGUGAGAAAACUUUGGCGGCAAGGAGGAGCUUUGAUUCAUGCUGGAUUUGGUAAUGGAGAACUACCUGCUUAGUGUUAGCAUACCUUGAAAUCUACCAAGAAUGUCUUGAAUUCAGAAUACAACCUAGGGGGAAAUCAUUAAUCAUCGGGAUUUUAUGGCAACUGUUGGGUAGCUACUAUUGACCCAAGGACAACUGCUCGUUAUUGUUUAUGGUCGCAUACUCAUGAUGCAGUGUUGAACAGUAGUACUAAGUUGGUUAUCUGAGUGAGUCUACAUAAUCUGAUGAAUGGUAAUCAAUGUUACAACCUGUUUAGUUGAGUCAUAAACUGUUAAUGGUAGGAUAUAGUGGAAUUUAUAAACCAAAAGAAAAAAAAAGGGUCAAGCAGUUGAUAGUAUCAGCUGUAAGGGAGGCAGAUUUCUAGUUUGAGUAAUGUAGUAUUAUUAUGUAUCUGGACUUUUUUUUUUGGUUAUUUUUUAUCUGUUUUGCUUGUGGUUCUAAGUUCUUAGUUUUUUUUAUUUGGUAAUAGAUAUAUGUUUCAGUCAGAUGAGAGGUAUAACCAUGUUAUGUUGAGUAGUAUUGUCCAACGCUGUGUCAUGAGAAGGAUGCCCAAGAUGGUUUCAAAAGUUAAAGGUAAUUAUCACAUAUUAGUUUUUUCAGAUAAAUGCAAAAGUUGGAACCGUUCCCUAGAUUGUAUUACUGGAAUUUGAGAUAUUCUUGGUUGUUGAUUUGAGGUAAGUGACCUCUUUGAAGGUCGUUGUGGAUUUUCAUAAGCUUCGCUGGGUGACAUGUGCACAGGUAGGAUUUUGGGAAAGGAUUGUACUCUCUGAUACUUUGUAAGUGCUAUAUAUUGUAUGUGAAGCUUUCACUGGAAAAUGUAAGGACAUCCAUCUGUAUGUGGA